CGGACGGAAGCCGCGGGGCGCCGCGGGCGUGAUGGAGGCGGCGGCGGAGCCUGGACACCUGGCUGGCAUCCGGCACAUCAUCCUCGUCCUCUCAGGAAAGGGGGGCGUCGGGAAAAGCACCAUCUCCACGGAGCUGGCCCUGGCCCUGCGUCACGCGGGCAAGAAGGUGGGGAUCCUCGACGUGGACCUGUGUGGCCCCAGCAUCCCCCGCAUGUUCCGGGCACAGGGCAGGGCCGUGCACCAGUGUGACAGCGGCUGGGUGCCUGUCUUUGUGGACCAGGAACAGAGCAUCUCCCUCAUGUCUGUGGGCUUCCUGCUGGAAAAACCGGACGAAGCCGUGGUGUGGAGAGGCCCCAAGAAGAACGCGCUGAUAAAGCAGUUUGUGUCUGACGUGGCCUGGGGGCAGCUGGACUACCUGGUUGUGGACACACCCCCGGGGACCUCUGAUGAGCACAUGGCCACUCUGGAAGCCCUGCGCCCUUACAGCCCCCUGGGGGCCCUCGUGGUCACCACACCCCAGGCGGUAUCCGUGGGGGACGUGAGGCGGGAGCUGACCUUCUGUAGGAAGACAGGGCUGCGGGUGAUCGGGGUCGUGGAGAACAUGAGCGGUUUUGUCUGCCCGCACUGUGCGGAGUGCACCAGCAUCUUCUCCAGGGGAGGUGGCGAGGAGCUGGCCAGACAUGCCGGAGUCCCCUUCCUAGGUUCUGUGCCCUUGGACCCUCAGCUCACAAGGAGCCUGGAGGAGGGCCAAGACUUCAUCCAGGAGUUCCCCAAGAGCCCUGCAUUUCCUGCACUCUUCUCCAUAGCCCAGAAGAUUCUGAAUGAGACGCCUGCUCAACUCUCCUGACCGAGGCAGCUUCCAGCGUCUCCUCCUGGCGCCAUUGUGGGCUUGCGCUCACAGACUUAAGCAGGGGUCCUGGGUGAGGGUCCUGGAACCUGCAGAGACUGGCCUUCGCGGCUGUCACUGUGCCUGCGUCUCCCUGCUCUUGGAGACAUUUCUGGUGUUCCAGCAGCAUGUUGGCAUCAGAGCCGCUGACCGUGAGUGGUUCUGCUGGGUCGGCCUGUGGCGGAGCCCAGGGGAAAACGUGGGGUCCGGGUGUCAUGGCCUGAGCUCUCUGGUGACAUCACGUUCACCCCACGUCUCAGUAUUCACACGCCUCAGACAGACGGACAAGCUGCCCCUCUCAGCUGAGUCUCCAUGUUGUUCACAAAGCUUGUGUGUCUGCAGGGUUGCUGGGGCCUCCACUGUCCUCAGGUGCCCUGGGUUCUUGGCAGCCGGUGGGUCUGUGAGAGAUCGUGGUGACAGAGGGGAACACCCUGUAAGGUGUUAAAACUCGUAAUUUCAGAGGAACUCACGAUUAAACAUAUCCUACCGCCAUG